AAACCCUCAUCUCGCCCGUCCAGUCCCGUCAACGCACUCUUCUCAUUCAUAGGGACGGAUCACUCCUCACAGAGUUCUGGUUUAUUUUCGAUACACAAAGUUAACCUGUGGAUUACACUGGACCAUGUUGGGCUUCGUGGGAUUGGCCAUCUGUGCCAUUCUACCGAUAUGUUUGGCUGGACAAGGUGACCCAGAACGCCACUCGCUGUACUAUGUGUACACAGCCCUGUCAAAGGCUGUCAAUGCACCAGGCAUCUUUGAAUUCACUGCCAUGGGCCUACUGGAUGAGAGAAAGAUUGAUUACUAUGACAGCAAACACCAAGUCAAGGUUCCUCAACAGGACUGGAUGAAAACAAAGCUUCCAGCAGACUACUGGGAAAAGGGCACCCAGUCACGUAAAAGCAAAGAGCAAUGGUUCAAAGUCAACGUCAACAUUCUGAUGGAACGCAUGAGACAGAAUCAAUCUGAUAUUCAUGUCCUCAUGUGGAAACAUGGAUGUGAGAUUGACAGAAGUGCAGACGGUGCUGUCAAGUUUGUUCGCGGUGUUGAUGCAUACAGCUAUGAUGGCAAUGAUUUCCUUUCCUUUGAUGAUGCAUCAAUGCAGUGGGUUGCCCCAGUUACUGAAGCUGUACCCACAAAACAGAAGUGGGAUGGGGUUCCCAUCCUCAAUCAGUACACCAAGGGCUACCUGGAGAAGGAGUGUGUGGACUGGCUGGAAAAAUUCAGAGAAUAUGGGGACAAAGAAUUAAAACAACAAACAACAGCUUCUCCACCAGAUGUUCGCCUUUUUGCGAAAGCAGCCGAAUCUUCAAAUACAUUCAAGUUGACCUGUAUGGCCACAGGUUUCUACCCCAAAGACAUUGACAUCACCAUUCUGAAAGGGAAGGAGGUUAUAAAGAAAGGUGAUUUAAGGGAUGUCUUGCCCAAUGGCGAUGGAACCCAUCAGAUCAAACUGAUUGUGGAGGCCCAAAGGUCAGACAUUGAUGGUUAUAGCUGUGAUGUGAAGCACGUAGGCCUGGAUGAACCAAUUAGGAAAAUUUGGACCGUGGAUGGAGAAGUGUGUGAUGAAACCUCCUCGUUCUUGAUUGGAGCAGUAAUCGGGGUACUGGCAGUGCUGCUAAUGGGGAUCUUGGUCUUGUUCAUUGCUUACAAAAAAGGCCUUAUUGGGCCAAAGACAACGGACCAAAAAAAAGGCCCUCCACCAGAAGUGGUGGUACCAUCAGUGAUGGGUAACGUGAGCACACCUUUGUUGGGCAACGGACAAGCAAAUGGAUCAACUGGACAAGAUGCAAAUGGCACAGCAUCAACAGUGGUGCUUGCAUCAGUGAUGGGUAACUUGAGCACACCUUUGUUGGGCAAUGGACAAGCAAAUGGGUCCACUGGACAAGAUGGAAAUGGCACAGCAUCAACAGUGAUUGGGGUGGAAACCACACUUUUGCAGGAUGGAAGUGGAAAAUUGGAGGACGAUACUGAUUCUGUGAAUGAAGGUGACGAUGCUGAUUCAGGUAGGGGAAAUCCUGAAGGAUCAACCAACAACAGCGCUGAACAACUGAACAUGAAUGGCCCUUCACCAGCAGUGGUACCAUCAGUGAUGAGUAACGUGGGCACACCUUUGUUGGGCAAUGGACAAGCAAAUGGGUCCACUGGACAAGAUGCAAACGGCACAGCAUCAACAGUGAUUGGGGUGGAAACCACACUUUUGCAGGAUGGAAGUGGAAAAUUGGAGGACGAUGCUGAUUCUGGUAAUUCAUCUAAUGGAUCAUCCAAGAGCAGCGCUGAAAAUGUUUCUGCAGACGCGAAUGAAGGUGGAGAUGCUGAUUCAGGUAGAGGAAAUCCUGAAGGAUCAACCAACAACAGCGCUGAAAAAUGAAACACUAACAUGAACGGAUGAAGAUCAAGAAUACACCCCGCAACUGUCCAAACUGUUCUUGAAUGAUCACAAAUUAGAAAAACUUGACUUGGGGAGAAUGCUUCUUUUUCACUUUUCUUUUAAGUUACUGUUUUUACUAGUCAUUUCACUGUACUAUUACUAUUGGUGCAGGUAGAAUGGAUUUUUCAUUAACAGUUUGUUUGUGAAAGUGUGCAUUUAAAAUGUUUAGGAUGUGUGACAUUAUCCCUGUUUUGCUUUCACAUAUCUAUACAAAAAUAGUUACUGUUGGGAAAGAUGUUACAUGGUGUCUCCUGGGUUCAGUAUAAAUUAUGUAUAUUAAAAAUAUGUUUGUUCAUAUAAUGAGAAAUAGAAACAGACAUCUUUACUUUAUGUGCACCAUAGGAUGAGGAUGGACAUAUGCAAAGUCUGAUACAAAAUAGCACAUUUAAAAGCAAAAAAAUAUUGACAUAAGAUUGGGUAGUAAAACAGAUUUAAAUGAGGGAGUAAAUUGCAAAUAGCAAAGAAUCUCUAACCCUUCAUUCAGCAUUAUUCAUCACUGGUCCCCUUUUAGUUUAUCUUUGUGUGUUAACCGUAAGAGAAAGUAGUUUUUGUUACACAAGCUUUCUCGAAAGCUGAGAAUGUCAAAUGAUACUUUGGAUGCAGUGAUAUGAAAUUGAAGUUUCUUGUUAAGCAGAAAACUUAUGACCAUUUUUUUUAGGCUACUCAAGCUCUGCCUUUGUUGUGUCUCACUUAACUCAAAACAUUGGUUAAGGAACAGGUUGUUUCAUUUGGGUCCUACUUACUAUGGCAUUGAGUGACCAGACUGCUGUUGUUUACAUUGUGUAACUGUGGCUAAUUAAAUAAUGUGAACAAUG